UUUCCCUCUUGGCACCCAGGAUGCGCAGGACGGUGGCUGCUGCGGUUCACCGUUUUACCAUGAGAAUAUCAUGGGCAUUCUGGGCGUUCUUCUCCACCUUGCGCCAAGUUUCUCCCUACGCGAUUCCUACUUUUAUCUUCAUAUUCAUCUAUAACCAGGUCUAUCUCUACUGGCUCGCGACCGUGGGUAUGGGAUCAUGGACACCGGCUUGGCCAUCCAACAGGACUCGCCUCGUCUUUCUAAUGGUAUCGAUCCCGACGUGGGGUUUCGUCAUGCUAAUAUGGACCAUUGGAUACACCGUUCUCAGGACCGCAUGGGUCAGAAGAACGUCGAGAGGGGAGUACUACGAGGCUAUCGAGUUGGACUCCGAACCCCGCAGCAGUCGAAAUUUUCGUCGCGGAUAUGUCCAGUACAGAUGGCAUUUGGAGGUGCUGGUAUACUUAUCUCUAUUCAUCUGCGGACUAUUCAUGUUAUCGACUUAUGAACUGCCCGGAGACGUGCGAUUCAAGCCCGACAUUCAAGCUGCGGUAAAGUCUCCAAGACCUGAGGGACACGGCAACGGAGAAAAGGUCUUUAUUGGUGCCAUGUUUUAUAACAACGAGCACGUCGUACCAUAUUGGUGUGAUGAAGUGAUCAAGCUCAUCAAAUAUCUUGGCACGGACAAUGUCUUUGUCUCCACAGUCGAGUCCAACAGCAACGACAAGACACCCGCGUUGCUGGAAAAAUUCGGUUCUAGAUUAACUGCGCUCAAGGUCCAGCAUCGAAUACUGAAUCACGACACAUCAAUUACCCGUCCGGAAAGCAUGGAUACUGCACCGCCGCGGAUUCGGUUUCUUGCUGCCGUCAGGAAUAAGGUCCUGGAACCGUUGGUGGAGAAUGGCGGUUAUGAUCGCGUUAUUUUCAGCAAUGAUGUCUUUAUCGAGUCAGAGACGAUGCUUGAGCUCCUGAAGACGCGCGACGGAGACUACGAUAUGGCGUGCGGGAUUGAUCUGUCCUAUUGGGGAAUGUACGAUGCCUGGGUCCUCCGAGACCGGCUAGGACGACUAGUGUCAUCAUUAUGGCCCUAUUUCCUGGAGGAUGCCGGGAUGCAGGCAGUCAUGAAGGACGAGCCUGCGCCUGUCUUUACCUGCUGGAACGGCAUUGUAUCCUUCCGUCCAGACCCGUUCCUCCCCGUUAAUCUGCGUACCCCUGGGCGCCUUUCAACGGCACCCCUCUCAAAACCGCUUCCCCCGUCCCAUCCAUCGUUUGGUCAACCUGCAGAUUUGUCACCUGCCCAGACACCACCCAUGUCCUUCCGCGCGUCAGUGGAGGGAGAGGAGUGCUUCUCAUCAGAGUCGUUCCUUAUGCCGUAUGAUAUGCGUCGUCGAUUCGAGAUGAACGACAUUUAUCUCAAUCCCAGAGUGAUUGUGAGCUACGACUGGAAAUUCUAUGUCUGGUACAAGUGGGUGCUCCGCCACUGGAUGGUGAAGUGGUGGAUAGAGAAUGCGGAGAACGGGAGCAUGAUGCAUCUAGCGAAGAUGGUAGUAGGGGAGGCGAAGAACAUCUGGGCCUGGGACGGUGGAGAAUGUCAACCGUGGUGGUGAUGAUCUAUGAUAAUUAUUGCUUCUAUUUAUUCGGGGAACAACACUAGUGUUUGGAAAUUGAAUCACGACACCGUUUAUUAUCUAAGUAUAAAGUCGCGUUUAGGCCUGAUGGA